UACAUUACGCAGAGCAUAAACCAGGGGGGAUUCAAAUCUGAAAUCAUUAUCGUUUUGGAUACCACUGCUGUAAAUGCGGAUUGUUUACAGCACCCCUCGCAUCCUUUCCUCCCUCCCCUUUUCCUCUUUCCCGGAGCGCUUGAGCGCUGGUGGUGAGGCAGCGGCUGCAGCUGCUCCCGCUGACCGAAGAUAGCGCCUGCAGAACCGGCCACGGCCGUCACAUCACCCCGGGCCCUUGGAGAGGGCGAACCACAGCAAAGCAGGAAGCAAGCUUUUGACGCCACAUCAUAGUGCAGUAUCAUCCUUCCGUAAAAAAAAGCGCACGGCUCCUUCUGGAUUUGAUUAAUCUUCACCUUCAGGUCUUUUCAGGAGUUUGGAUGUCCAGUUUCACAUGAUAUGGCUGUUCUCAAACUAGUCGACCAGCCACCCCUAGUCCAAGCCAUCUUUAACGGAGACCCUGAUGAGAUUCGUGUGCUCCUAUGUAAAUCAGAAGACGUCAAUGCACUGGAUGCUGAGAAACGUGCUCCCCUGCAUGCAGCAGCCUUCCUGGGAGAUGCUGAGAUCACAGAGCUCCUCAUUGUGUCAGGUGCACGUGUCAAUGCCAAAGACAAUAUGUGGUUGACUCCACUCCACAGGGCAGUAGCAUCACGUAGCGAGGAGGCUGUUCGCGUGCUAAUUCGUCACUCUGCUGAUGUGAAUGCUCGGGAUAAGAACUGGCAGACACCUCUGCAUGUCGCUGCCGCCAACAAGGCCUUGCGCUGUGCUGAGGUCAUCAUCCCACUACUGAGCAGCGUUAACGUAUCAGAUCGUGGAGGACGCACCGCCCUGCACCACGCCGCCCUCAACGGGCACACAGAGAUGGUGAGUCUCCUACUGGCAAAGGGUGCUAACAUCAACGCUUUUGAUAAGAAAGACUGCCGUGCACUACACUGGGCAGCAUAUAUGGGUCAUUUAGAUGUAGUGUGUUUACUGGUGAGUCAAGGGGCAGAGAUCAGCUGCAAAGACAAGAGAGGAUACGCACCUCUACAUGCCGCUGCUUCCAACGGUCAGAUCGCUGUGGUCAAACACCUGCUCAGCCUGGCCGUAGAGAUAGAUGAAGCCAAUGCCUUUGGGAACACGGCUCUGCAUGUUGCUUGUUUUAAUGGGCAGGACGCAGUGGUCAGUGAGCUGAUCGAUUAUGGUGCUAAUGUCAGUCAGCCCAAUAACAAAGGUUUCACUCCUCUUCACUUUGCUGCUGCUUCCACUCAUGGUGCCCUGUGUCUAGAGUUCCUGGUCAACAGCGGAGCAGACGUCAAUGUCCAGAGUCGUGAUGGGAAAAGCCCUCUUCAUCUGACGGCUGUUCAUGGACGGUUUACACGCUCCCAGACGCUCAUUCAAAAUGGAGGUGAGAUUGAUUGUGUCGAUAAGGAUGGAAACACUCCACUGCACGUCGCUGCUCGAUAUGGUCAUGAACUUUUGAUUAACACUCUAAUAACGAGUGGAGCAGACUGCACAAGAAGAGGCGUACACGGCAUGUUCCCUUUGCAUUUGGCUGCUCUGAAUGCACAUGCUGACUGCUGCCGGAAACUUCUCUCCUCAGGAAGGAGGUAUAGCAUAAUGUGCCCUCUCAGUAAUGACUCGGUCCUGUCUGCAGGCUUCCAAAUCGAUACGCCUGAUGACCUGGGGAGGACAUGUCUGCACGCCGCAGCUGCGGGAGGAAAUGUGGAAUGUGUGAAGCUAUUGCUCAGCAGUGGAGCCGAUCAUAACCGCAGGGACAAACAUGGAAGGACCCCUCUUCAUUAUGCGGCAGCUAGUCGUCACUUUCAGUGCCUGGAGACUUUGGUGUCCUGCGGUACCUGCAUUAACGCCACUGACCAGUGGGGGCGCACUGCUGUUCAUUACGCUGCUGCUUCCGACCUGGACAGGAGGCGGCGUGUGGUCCUGGAACCGGAGAGUGAAGGAGUUCAAGCUGAGAGGGAGAAGGAGGCCGCUCUGUGUCUGGAGUUCCUGUUGCAGCACGGCGCUGGCCCAUCGCUUAAAGAUAAACAAGGCUACAGCGCAGUUCACUAUGCUGCAGCGUACGGCCACAGACACUGCUUAAAACUGCUUUUGGACAGAGAUGAAAACCAUCAAGAUGACAUGGAGAACAACCAAACCAGAAGCCCUUUACAUCUGGCUGCAUAUCACGGGCACGCGCAGGCUCUGGAAGUGCUCUUGGAGGGUCACUGUGAUGUGGAUCAGGGGGAUGAAGUUGGUCGGACUCCACUGGCCCUUGCUGCUCUCAGGGGCCACACUGACUGUGCUCUCACACUUCUGAACCACGGGGCCUCAUCGAGAAGCAAAGAUAAUGUCAGAGGACGUACGCCCAUCCACCUUGCAGUCAUGAAUGGUCAUACAUCAUGUGUGCGCCUCCUGUUGGAAGACUCUGAUAAUGCAGAUCUGGUGGACACAGCCGACUCUCAGGGACAAACCCCUCUAAUGCUGGCAGUAAUAGGGGGUCAUGUGGAUGCUGUGUCUCUUCUGUUAGAGCGUGAGGCCAGUGUGGACAUGGCUGAUCAUCACGGUCUGACUGGUCUACACCUUGGGCUCUUAUGUGGACAGGAGGAAUGUGUUCAGUCUCUGCUGGAGCUGGAGGCAUCAGUGCUGCUGGGGGACUCCAGGGGUCGGACAGCCAUCCACCUGGCUGCAGCUAGAGGCCACGCGUCCUGGUUGAGCGAAUUGCUCAGUAUCGCGUGUAUUGAACCCCCGUUGCCCCCUUUGCGAGACAACCAGGGAUAUACACCCUUACACUAUGCCUGUUACUAUGGUCACGAGGGCUGUGUAGAAGUCAUCCUCGAUCAAAAAGACUUUUGCCAGUUUGAUGGGAACCCCUUUACACCCCUGCAUUGUGCUGUGGUCAAUGAUCAUGAGACCUGUGCCACCCUUUUAUUAGAAGCCAUGGGAUCAAAGAUUGUAACAUGCAAAGACUCCAAGGGAAGGACACCCUUCCAUGCCGCUGCAUUCGCUGGCCAUGUAGACUGUGUUCAGUUGCUCUUGUCCCAUAAUGCGUCUGUGGAUGAGGUUGACCAAUCAGGACGCAGUGCUCUUUGUAUGGCAGCAGAGAAAGGACGAGUUGAGGUUGUAGAAGCUUUGCUUGCUGCUGCCGAUGUGAACCUCAAUCUGACUGACCAGAAGGGCAAUACAGCACUCCAUCUAGCCUGCAGUAAUGGAAUGGAGGAAUGUGCAUUGCUCCUUCUUGGAAAACUUCCAGACUCUGCCCUUGUAGCAACAAACAGUGCACUGCAAACCCCUCUCCACUUGGCUGCUCGCAGUGGGAUGAAGCAGACAGUGCAGGAUCUGCUCUCUCGCGGGGCCAGUGUUCAAGUGCUAGAUGAGAAUGGUCUCACCCCUGCUCUGGCUUGCGCUCCCAGCAGGGAAGUGGCUGACUGCCUGGCUCUCAUUCUGGCUACCAUGAUGCCUUUCUGCUCCCCUUGCAGCUCCGGAGCUCCCUCCCCAGGCACCCUGCUGAAAUCUUUGCCCCACCAGGCCAAGAGUCCCCAAGGCCCCCGCAGUCCAAGGGAUCCCUCCGGCCCCUCCAGUGAGGGCACGACCACCGAAAACGACUCGGACUCAGAGACUUUUUGACCCCGGCUCCUUCUAGAGGCGCUCGUCAUAGUUUUCACUGCACAUCUUGUCAUGAUGAACCUUACAGAAGUUGUACAGAUUUUUGAUUAGGGAGCACAGUCUCUGUAAGGAGAGAUUAUGACACGUGACAUGGCACACCUGGUACGUUCGGUUCAGCCACACUCGUUUGCACAAGAGAAUUUUCAAAAGCCAUUUUAAUCAUUUUAACGCAGUACGAUUGAGAUUGCCAAAUGUUGACUGACUUGGAGUACGAAGAUGCAAAGUGCGGAGCAGUGUGUCUUGAACCCUGUUGAAAAACAAGGUAAGGUUACGCUCAUUUUACUGAUGAUGUCACUCUGGGACCAAUCAGGAAUCAAGAAUUUACUUUUUUUGGGCCAACAGGGGAAUUGGUGUCACUGUUACUAACUGCACUUAGUAUUUAUUUGCAAGCAAGAGUUGAGCUGGAAUACAUGAUGUGGCUAAAACUCAGAUUUCUGCCCCAUUUAAUGAGUCUGAGACUAGUUCCUGAAAGUCAGAAGCAGCCUACAGGCUAAUCUAAAUAUCUCUAGAGUAAGAUUUCAUCUAGUUUGAAGAUAAAAAAAAAUAUCCUCAGUGGAUUAGGUUGUUGUUCACAGUUGGUUCGUUUGGUAUGUACUAACUAAACCAAACAACAGCAUGUCUUGUUUUUGGUUUAUUUGGAUGUCUGAUAUGUCACCCGCUUCGAAUGUUAUCACUCAGUUGAAUGGGCGUUAUCAGCUGAUAGAUAUGGGCUAGUAGGGGCCUUCUGUGCCUACUGGUUGGCUUAGAAGGCUGUUAUCAUCCAUCAACAUGGUUAAUCAACUAUACUAAUAGAGAAGACUCCAGGUACAGAUCUGUUUUUACAUUACUGUGAUGGUAGGGGUAGACGUUAAUAAAAUACAAUUAAUGGGAAAUUGAAUAAAUAAUAUAAAUAUUUCUCAUGGUUAAUCAGCUAUACUAAUAGAGAAGACUCCACAUCCAGAUCUGUUUUUACAUCACCGUGAUGGUUGGUUUUAGGGUUGGAGGAGGGGUAGACGUUAAUAAAACACAAUUAAUGGGAAAUUUAAUAAAUGAUAUAAAUCUUGUUAGCGUCCUGCCGCAGCCAUAUGUGGUCUAUAGCUGAUUAACCAUGUGCAUGGAUGAUAACAGCCUUCUGAGACUACCAGUAGGCGCAGAAGGCCCCUACUGGCCCAUAACCUAUCAACAGAUAACUAACUACUGAUAACGCCCAUUCAAUCUAGUGAUAACAUUCAAUCGGCUAGAUAUGUUCGUAUGUCAGUAAUACUACACCAGAGUUUGUUUUGAAGCGAAUGGAGAUCCCCCUUAUUUCAAUGGUCUCUGUCUGCUUGUUUGGUUGCACAUCAAGGUUCGGACGGCAUCAUUUACAUAUGAACCACACUAUCAAAUUUAGAGUUUUCUUAAAUCAAACCAAACAUCCCAAAUGUGAACACGUCCUCUAGCGAUGUGUGAUGGCUAGGUUUUAAUAUUGGUUUCCGAUUUUGAAAAGUCAUAUAGUGUAUUCCAGCCUUAAGCCAAAUUCAACUGCAAGUACUACCCAAGUUAAACCCAGUGUAAUGUGAUGAGAAUACAAUGCAAGUACAUUAGUUGUGCUUUACACAUUGCAUUUUCACAUAUAUAUUAUAUAUAUGAAAAAAUAUCAUUUUUAUUCUGUAAUAUUUUUCCAAAAAAACAACUAGAUUCCUUUGUCUUGAUGGUCUGAUACUUUUGGAGAAUGGUUUGUUCCUUUUCAGAUAUAGACACAGUGUUUAAUAAUACUUCUUCUACUCAUGUUGAAUUUUAGAUGCUAAUGAGGUCAUGGCAUGUUAUGUGAACCAGGAUGUUCUCAAGUCUGUACUGAUAUUUAUUAACAUUUAGAUAAUUACGGUACUUCAAUUGUAUGCACUUAUUUAUAGAAAAUGUUUAUCCCAUGAAUUAAAAUCCUGUUAUUAUUUACUCAUGUUGCUCCAAAUGCUGGAACAGAAGCAGACUUUCUGAAGAGCCCUAAUGUGGCUCUUUUCUAUACAAAGACAGUUCAUAGUGACCAUGUCUCCAAAAAUGACAAAGAAAUACCUCAAAAUAGAAGCACAUACUGUAAUACAAGUCUCGAGGAGUGUUUUGGAAACUUUGUCUAAAAAAAUCCUGACAUUUAAGCAGGAUGACAUUUUGAAGUCAAGAAUUAAAUGUAAACUAAAUUAAGCUUGUUUAAUUAAAUUAUGGACUAUAAAAUCUGAUAUAAUAACAAUCAAGGAGUAGGUGCAAAGAUAUUACACAGUACUUUUGACUAGUUACCUAGGUAGGUUCUAUUUUCAGAUGCUGCAUAAUAGCAUUAGCACUGCUGCAGCCGUGGUAUAGUAAAAAUGAAAGUUCCUUGAUUAUUACACCAGAAUAAGAGUAUAGUUACUAUCAAUAUUGACCUCGAAAAUAGUAACUUUUCCUUUUCUGUCAGUCUUAGUACACAAUGUAACUACAGAAGAGUCAGAUGCUAAUGUUCUAAUCUGAUUCAAUGACUUAUGGUAAGCAAGCUAAGCUAAAACUGCUCCCGCCACACCUGGAGUUCAGUGAAUGGAUUAAAAAAUGGUAAAACUCAACUGUUUAACUUUUGGGGAGUUGUAAAAUGAGACUAUUUACAAAAAAAGUGGUGUUUCUUAAAGUUAAGAAAACCAUUUUAAACUGGCUUGGUCUAGUUAGAGAAGUCACAGCUCACAGGAGGGAAGUUUAUCAGUGAAUAAUAACUUCAGUUUCAGUCUGGGCCUCACAGACUACUCUUGGCUUUGAAAUACUUCUUUUGUUGUGUUAGACCUUCCCCUAGUCCCCCAGGUUCAAAGAUCAGUCAGAGGAUUCAAUUAAGUGUAAAUUAAUUUAAUGAAUCAAAUGGAUAAAGCAUACAGGGCCCUGGGUGGCAGAGAAAAGCAAGGGGGCUCCUCAGUAAGAAAGAUCCUCCAUCCAGAUCAGCCGAAUCAUCAGUUGUCAAGCAGAACAAAUGAUCUGCACAGACAAAGUUACACGCACACACAUAAAAGAACGCACAAGAGAGAGUGAGCCUGCACCCUCCUAUCCGUGUUAGAUGAAGAAUGCAGUGUAACCUAAAUAAAAAAGAAUUGUAACAUUUUACUGAUAACAAGUUAACUUCUCGGUUAUUAGUCACACAGAGCCACAGCUGUUAUGGAGCAAGGUUAUAUGAGGUUAAGCACACAAACAUAAGUUCAUAUAUUUGAUUAAAACAGGAUUAAAAUAUUAUUGCAUAAAACAAAGUUAGAAAAUAUCAUAAUUCCUCCAGUUGUCCAUAAACAAAGCAAGACGAGACGAGUAAAUAAUAACAGUAUGUAGUAUUCAUUAAACACUGAAUCCUGAAUUGUCUUUUUAUUGUUUUCCUUUUAAAGUUCAUUUAAUUAUUUGCACUUUUUCCUUUAUUUCUAAACAUGAUUUUUGGGGGUUGUGGGCAGCGAGGGAGUUUCAAUUUGGAAUAUAUUUGCUUCAUAAUGUAAGGACUUUUCAGCCAACAUUAAAGUCUUGCCAGACAGACUCAUUCCAAAGCAAAUUUAAGAUUAAAAUCAAAACCGUUUGUAUGUUUGCCUUUGUCCACCAUGUGCCAGUUUCUCCACUGUGUCCAGUGCCUUGUUCUGCAUUUUCAGAGUAUGUUAGAUAACAUCAAUGUGUUUGCGUGUAUUAGAGUGUAAUGAAUGAGUUCACACCUGUAAGCCAAUGUUUUCUUAUUUGACCAUGUCCUGGUGCUUGUGCCUAUGAGUGUGUGAUUUACAAUAGAAAAUAAUCUUUGUACAUAUCGGUUCAUGUACAUCAUCAUCACCACCACCAGAGCAAAUAUUGCACACAACUGUCCUAUAACAAAAGCACAUGGUUUUCUUUCAUAAAUUUGAUGGAUCGUGAGUGGAGGAAUGAGAAGAAAGAAGUCCAACAGUAUUAUAACAGAAAAAAAAGCUUUGAAAAGUGUGACAAUCUAGAUCAUGCGGUUUUCUCCAUUCUGAUGUUCAAGGUUCUUUGUCAAGUUUCUUUUAUAUAAAUUGUAUGAAUAUUAUAUAAAAUGCUUUAACAGAA